AUGGAAAAAUCACCCUUCGACAUAACACUUAACUAUACUGAUAAACAAAUAAUCAAUAGAAAUUUUACGCUAACAACUGAAUUACAUCAUGACGUGCUUUUGCCCGUUGAUUGUGGAAAUAAUCGAUAUCGAUUAUGUCUUGUUGCAUUGUCAUUACAAAUACAAUCUGACAUAAUGUCGAUUAAAUAUUGGUGUCAACCGCCCGCGUUUCCAUUUGCUAAUCUCAAUCCAUUACAAAAACUGCAUACAUGUAUACUACCAGCUGUUAACGUUACUCAAGAACCGACUAUAACAAUGAUAAUUAAUUCACGUGAUAUAGGAAAAGUUACCGCAAUAGCAACAGCUAAUUUUACAUAUUCACCUCACUAUGAUACUGCACAGAAAACGCUAACACCAAUUUUUAUUUUCAAUAAUGACAAUGCAACCAAGGAAGACAUUCUUUCGAGAAGUGUUCGUUCAGUCAUGAAUGGCAACGAUGAUGCUGUUGAAAGUGAGCUUGAUGAUCCUGAUUGUACAAGCGAAAUAACAUAUUCGAGCAAUGGUCUACCAAAACAAGAAGAUCCAUCGAAAGAUGAUGAAGUAGGUAGACAAUAUCUGAAAAAUGAGAAACAUAGGUCGCAUUUGUCUUUUCAGUCCGAUGACGCUGCUGCGCCUGUUGAUUUCGCAUCAGGCAUAAUACCAGACGAAGAUCGCAAUCAACCGAUAGGUGAAUAUGAUGAUUCAUUAGCAGUAGAUUGUACCAAAGGUGAUCCACUGUAUGGCCAUCCAAAUGUCGAAUGGAUACGUGUAGCAAAUGCAUCUGAUUUUAUGAUUGACCAACGUAUCAACCAAAAUGUUGAUCCCGAUAGUGAUGGAAUUGAUUUUCCCAAAAUGGAUACAUAUAUUUUACAAGUACGAAUGAAACCUUAUGUAUUCUUACAAUAUGUUUCUGUUCCAUCGAGUAAUGUUAUUUUGUUAUACGUUGUUGUUCAUUAUGAAUCAGGAAAACGACAUAAUGUGUAUCAUUCUAAAGUUGAACAGAGUCCUGUUGUAGAAAAUUUUUUAGCGAAAGAACCAACGAAAUUUUUUGAAGUUUAUCUCAAUGCAACGGAUGACGGUUUACCACCUAGUGAUGUUACAUUAGAUGUCGGUUACUGUAUUGCACCAAGAAAUACACAUCCAAUUAUUGCUGAUUCUGAAGAUUCAUUAAGUGGACCCAUUGAUCUGCGUAUGAAUAAUAAUGCUGAUCAAAAUGAUGGUUCGAUAUCUCCAUUGAUUGCUGAAACGAAACUAAAUCCAAUUGAAUCUCCGGAUAAUUCAAUGCUGGUGAAAACUCAGCCAAGCAUAUUUGAUAUCAAUACUGAAAACAACGAUCCAAGGCAAAUACCAGUCAAUGUUAACAGAGACUCCAUCAUACUAGAUCCUAUUUCUCAACCACUAGCUAAUGAUGUUGAACGCACAGUGCCAAUUUUUGAAACUCAAGAAUCACCUAAUGUGCCAAUACCUUCUAAUUCACUUUUUGGAACAGUAGAUUCUACUAUUAUGACUCAGGAUCAACCAACUGCAGUGCAAGUGAAAUCGCCACUUCUUAUUGCUCCAAUGGAUAUCAGUCGGACACCAACUCUAUUGAAUAAUUUACCGGCAAUGACCACAUCACAAGUUCCAGCUCAAUAUUCUUGUUAUAAUAAUCCAAGAAUUAUUGGUAACAAUAAUGUACAAAGUGUAUUUUCUCUGAAUAUACAACGACAAACAACAAUUUCGGAUCAAAUCAAUUCACAAUCAUCAUCACCCGGAUAUUCAUUUUCAUCAUUCCAAUAUCCGUAUCAUACAAUAGUCAUCAAUCUACGAGUCAGUACUUAUGUUCAUUCACUUUCUCUUGGAUCUCAAUCUAAUGUACAACGAUAUGGUCUAAGAUUGUACCAUCCUGGGAGAAAUGUCGAUGAUACAUAUUAUUCAUCGAUGACUCCAGAAUAUGAUAAUCAGCCAACCAUCGCGGGAAUACCAUUAGCCAAAGUGGCUAUUCGUAUGUAUUUGAAUUUAUACACAACAAGCGAUGGUAGACCACCAAGUAACAUAAAAAUAGUGCUCAAUGCUUGUUUUGAUUCAUCAUCUAUGGAUAGUGCAAUUAAUCCAAUGAUUGGUGGUCAAUACUAUCGUACUCCGAGUAUUCCACAAGUUUCCUAUAUACCAACAGUACCAAGACAACGGUUCUACACUGGAAGCUAUUAUGCUCCUGAAAUAUCAGUACCGGCUGUUGCAUCGGACAGUAUUGUUGGAACAGAGAACAUUCCAAUUAAUCAAGUGCGAUCAAAUUCAGUGUCUCGUGACAAUAACGCUUUCGGAACUAUCUAUUCGAAUGUUCGCACACCCUAUGAUGUCAGCGGCAGCUUAUUUUCUCAAUCUAACAUUGCACAACCACCGUCUCUUGCAACUGAUCCUAUUGACAAUGUUCGAAUACCAUCAAAACCAUUCAUUGCUACUCUUGAUACAAAUGAUAACAAUGAACAAUCAUAUUAUCCAUCCAUCGCCGUCAAUCCACCAUUGGGGGGUCGAGCACAAAUCCCCAUCGAUCCGCCUGUAGUCAUCGAUCCACCAUUCGGAGGUCGAGCACCAAUUGCCAUCGAUCCACCAUUCGGAGAUCGAGCACCAAUCCCCAUCGAUCCACCAUUCGAAGGUCGUGCGCCAAUUGCCAUUGAUCCACCAUUCGGAGGUCGUGUGCCAAUUGCCAUUGAUCCGCCUGUAGCCACCGAUUCACCGUUCGGAGGGCGAGCACCAAUUGCCAUCGAUCCACCCAUCGUGAUUGAUCCACUAGUUGCUCCUAAACCAAGUCGUAAUUCAGCUCCUUCAUAUUAUUAUAGUCCCAUCGUUCAGCGAUCCCCUUUUGCAUUGAAUAAUUUACCGACGAUGACCACAUCACAAGUUCCAGCUCAAUAUUCUUGUUAUAAUAAUCCAAGAAUUAUUGGUAACAAUAAUGUACAAAGUGUAUUUUCUCUGAAUAUACAACGACAAACAACAAUUUCGGAUCAAAUCAAUUCACAAUCAUCAUCACCCGGAUAUUCAUUUUCAUCAUUCCAAUAUCCGUAUCAUACAAUAGUCAUCAAUCUACGAGUCAGUACUUAUGUUCAUUCACUUUCUCUUGGAUCUCAAUCUAAUGUACAACGAUAUGGUCUAAGAUUGUACCAUCCUGGGAGAAAUGUCGAUGAUACAUAUUAUUCAUCGAUGACUCCAGAAUAUGAUAAUCAGCCAACCAUCGCGGGAAUACCAUUAGCCAAAGUGGCUAUUCGUAUGUAUUUGAAUUUAUACACAACAAGCGAUGGUAGACCACCAAGUAACAUAAAAAUAGUGCUCAAUGCUUGUUUUGAUUCAUCAUCUAUGGAUAGUGCAAGUAAUCCAAUGAUUGGUGGUCAAUACUAUCGUACUCCGAGUAUUCCACAAGUUUCCUAUAUUCCAAACGGCUCACAAGAACAACAAUCUUAUUAUUCAAAUGCUCUUGUUCCAAUAUUGUCGGUGCCUACGAUGAAUGUUGUUUCGCCAAGUAACAACAUGAACAAUCCCGAUGUUUUAGCCUCUUCGCCAAGCAACCCAAUACCAUUUGUUCGUACGCCUGGUCAAUGCUUUGAUCAAAUACUUAUUGUCGGUGGUUCACAUAUAACCAUGAUUCGGUCACGGAAUCCAGUCGAUCAAUUAGUCGGACCCGAGAUUAAUUUUGGUGGUACUGGCUAUACAUUUGCAUCGCCAAGUGAUACCUAUGAAUUUGAAGUACAUUUCGCUCAACCAUUUACCAUCAAAUAUAUAUUUAUGUCAUAUUCAUCAAAUGCAGAAAGUUUUAAAGUAGAAGCUUCACAUGCUGGAAUGUUAGGUGUAUUUACAUCAACGAAUACUAAAGAUGGCUUAGUUGUGGACGGAUUUCCACCAAUGUUAGUUUCUAUGUUAGUAAUUAAUAUCAUGCAUACUACCGACGGAUCCUUGCCAAAUCAUGUUACACUCAGUAUUGGUGUAUGCAAUCCAAUAUAUUCGCCAUCGAAUGAAGGCAAUGAAGCUCCUGAAAUGACUGAUUGUACAUCUCAAUUGCGUUUAAUUGGAAAUUCCAAACAAGUAGCUCGAGUCGAUAUUAAAACUCCAACAACGGAACUCAAGGCUAAUAAUUUAAUUAAUCCAAAUCAAGACGGAAUGGAUUUUCUUACAACAGAUGAAUAUACCAUUGAUAUCGUAUUAAAUAAAACCAUGUCCAUAGAUAGCAUAACACUUAAUCCGUUAAGUAAUGUUGAUAGUUUCAAGAUUCAAUGUCAUAAUUCACAUGGAUAUUAUCUUGAAAUAAAAUCUAUUAUCGGUUGGAAAACAAUAAAUGGUCUCGCAAAUACACACGCAAAUUUAAUACGAAUUAUACUUCUUGGAACAGAAGAUGGCAAUCCACCAAAUCAUAUAUCAAUUAAAAUAGCUGCAUGUAUUCCAACAAGUUUACCAAAAAUCAUGCGAAGUCCAUUUAAGCAUGAAAUGAUCACGAAACGAAGAAAACCAUCAAAAUCCAAUAGAAAUAAUUUCGGUGUGUUUGAUGACCAACUAUCAUCGGCCUACACAGAACAACAAGUUCCAAUACAAGACGAAUUAUUGCAGCCUGACAUACAAUCACCAAUAUUUCUACAACUAACAGCAAAUGUUGAUGUACCAAUGCAACAAAAUAUUUUUGUAUCACCAAUCGUAAAUCCAACGCUUCCGAUACCAUCUUAUCGUGCUCCUUCGCCAUCUGGAUAUACUUGUUCACAAGACUAUCAGAUUACUACCAGCGUUCAUUUCAAUUAUGUCAGUACACUUUGUUGUUCAUCACAAUCAUCGAUCAUGGAUUCAACAUCAUCGAAUUCAUUACUUAGUAACAAUGGUUACUCGUUUGCAUCUCACCAUUAUCCAUAUCAAACUAUUGUUAUUAGUUUGAAAUUUGUGGGCUAUGUUCAAUCGUUAUCGUUAGGAUCGCAAACAAAUGUUCAACGAUAUGGCCUUCGAGUAUUCAAUCCAGCUCGAAAUGUAGAUGAUACAUAUUAUUCAUCGACGGAUCCAAACACUGGUCAAUCGACGAUUUCAAAUGUUCAUUUAGCUAAAGUAGCUAUUCGCUUGUAUAUUAAUUUGUAUACAACAAACGAUGGUCGACCACCACGAAAUAUUCAAUUGAAAUUCAAUAUUUGUUUUGAUCUUCGUUCCCCAUCCAAUGGUGAUAGACCAUCUUCAGUAGUAGAAAGACCUUCAUUACCCAGCCCAAUGUUAAUUCCUGAAUGGACUGUAUACGCUUCACAACCACUACAGAUUUUUGUACAACCAAUUAUUAGUUGUAUUAGUUCACCGAUUCGAACACUAUUUGUGGAUGAACCUCAGCAAUCAUUGAUCCAACCUUUUUCGGCUGAAAUCAUUAUUGAACAACUCGUUCCUGUGAUUUUAACGCAACCAAGUUAUAUAAUGAUACAAUCAGUUCUGAUACCAGCCAUUCAUAUUUUUUCAUCACCUGUUCUUCCGCCACCAUUAAUAGUUGACAUAGCACGAUAUCCAACACCUAUACGUCAAUUCGAUCCAUCUCCGUCAAUUAACAUUGAGAGAAUAGUAAUCAUUGAACAGCAACGGCCAAUAAUAUCACUACAACUGCCUUCGAUCAUUAUUGAUACUGUCUUUAGUCCGAUAGUUGAAAUGCCGUCAAUUGUACAAGAACCACUUGUUUAUCAAUCUGUAGUGAUCGAGAUUCAACAACAAGUCAUCGUCUCUCCUAUGAUACAAGCACCUAUCAUCAAUACUAUCUACAGUCCGAUACGAAUUGUUCCACAAGUAAUAAUACUUCGAAUGCCAUCGCCAAUAAUUGAUCCACCCAUCAUUGAAAUACCAUCAAUCGUCGAAGAACCACUUGUUUAUCAAUCGUUAGUGAUCCAAAUUGAACAACAAGUCAUCUUUUCUCCUAUGAUACAAGCACCUAUCAUCAAUACUAUCUAUAGUCCGAUACGAAUUGUUCCACAAGUAAUAAUACUUCGAAUGCCAUCGCCAAUAAUUGAUCCACCUAUAAUUGAGCAACCUAUCAUUCGACGACCACCACCAAUCAUCAUUGAAGAAAUAAUCAACAUUGUAGAACGACCAGUUGUUCAACCUUCAAUUCUCGUCGAACGAAUCGCUAGCCCAAUAGUUCAAAGAUCUCCAAUUAUCUCAAUCAUCGAAAAGCCUGUUGUUUAUGAACCUCUACCAAUCAAUAUUGAUAUUGAGAUAGAACAGCCAGUAGUCAUGCGCACUGCACCACCGCCUAUCAUUGAUACAGUCUAUAGUCCGAUUCAAUCAGUUCUACAACAGUUAAUUCUCACGAUAUCAUCACCUGCCAUAGAAUCAUUACCAAUCAUUCGCAUGCCAGAGAUAGUACCUAUUAAUUUUCAACCAAGCGUACUUAUAGAACAGCAACCACAAGUCAUAUCACCCGUUGUAAUGCCUUCUAUUCCAGAAGUAAUAAUACAAACAAUCUAUAGUCCAAGAAUACCAGCUCCUAUCUACGACACGAUAUCAUCACCUAUUGUCACAGCGCAAGUGUUUGUAGAAAUCUUUGAACACAGAUAUUCAUCUAGAGCUAUACCAAGUUCACCAAUUAUUGAAAUGCCUAUUUAUGUUCAAAGAAUCGAACAGCCAAUCGUUUUCGGAAGACGUCCACCUGUAUCUAUUGAAAUUCAAGAGCCAACAAUACAUAUAAUAUCUUCAUCGAUCGUUUCACCACCAGUUAAAGUGAUAGAUCCAGUGGUUCGUCCAUUGAUUCUCUCUGUUCAAAGAAAUACAGAAAUGUGCAGUUGUCAAUGUCCAACCAGUGGCUUCGUACCAAUAGUUUAUAAUAGCCGCCAACAAAGUUGUACAAUUGGUGCAAUGCGAAAACGCUGA